UUAGCAGGCAUGCAUGCAUGGUCUCAAUUUAUUUUUGUUUAAUAAUUUACUUUCAUUGCGGUCAUAAUUUUGCCGAAAUUCUAAUAAAACAAAUUUCAACGGAUGAAAUUUGAAUUUAAAAUAAGAAUUUGAUCCAUUUUCAAUCAAGCAACGAAUUCAACCAACCAUAAUCGAAAAAAAGUUUUCUCUAUGUGUGAUUAUUAUUAUUUGAACUAAAGCAUAAAUAUUUGUUGCCAAGUUCUUCAUUUUUUUACUCAUCAUCAUCAUCAUUAUCAUACAAUUUGUUCUACUAUAAUUAAUCAAUAAAUUUGUUUGUGUGUGUGUAUGUGUGUGAGUUUGUGUUGAUUGUCUGGUUUUAAAAAAAUGUCGAACAAUGAUAAUGGACCAAGAGGAACUAUAUUUGAUAAAAUUUAUCCGAAAGGAUCAACUUUAUCAAGUUUAUCCAGACAAAAUAAUCAAUCAGAGGAAUCGAUUAAUUCGGAUACAUCAACAUCAAAGUCAAAUUGGACACCACAACCACCUCCUCCAUUAUCAACAUCAUCAUCAGGUGUUGGCCCAGGCUAUUCAACAUCUUCAUUAUAUUCAAGUGUAAAACGAUUAAAUCUAUUCCCUAAAAGAUUAGCUGAUACUGAUUCGGGUGUAAUUUAUAAUUCAAAUUCAUUUAAACGUUUUCGAAACAACAAUAAUAUCGAUAAUUUAAGCGAUUCAGUAAAUGAACCGUCCGCACGUUCACGUGUAAGUCAUGUUUCAACUCCAUCAUCAACUUCAUCGGUUGCUUUUGGUUAUUUAACCGGCGAAUUUGGCCGAAAACGAUAUCCAAGAACACCUUUAUCGGUCACUGGUCGUGAUUCACCAUCAUUAAUCAUGAAUAGUCUUAAUCUUUCAUCAUCAGCAAGUAAUAGUGGUCGAAAUGCAAUGCCAAUGAAUCAAAAUCGUAAACCAACUACUGGCUCAUAUUUUUAUACCGGCAAAACAACAUUCGGCGGUUCGAAUCUUCGUAAAAAUAUCCACCGAUUAAGCAUGACACCUUAUUCGCCUUAUUCACGUGUUAAUGUAAAAUGUAUUGAACCAACAGCCGUUCAGCGACCACCAUCUGCAACGGGUAAAAGUAUCAGCCAUUCGACUAUCAAUGAAGAAUUACCAUUAAGUUCGGUCACACAACGUAUUCUAGAUCGAUUAGAUAAAGCUGCCGCACCGAUUUCUGAUGCAAAAUCAAGAAUACCAAUUUCAACAUUGAUAAGUAAUUCAGCUAAAAAAUUUGAUAUAAGUCGAACGCCAAAGUUGUUCGAUACACCUACGCCUAUUAUUGAAAAUCGUGACCGUUCUCAUAUAGAUUCAAAUUUUAAGCCAAUGAAAUAUAUUCUUAAACCAUCAUCAUCAUUCAACGACGAAACAUCAACGGUAAUGGCCGGUGACAAAUCGAUUGAUGAUGACAUUCAAAAAUUGAAUCAAAUUAAACAAGCUGAAAAAGAAUUAAAAGAACAACAAGAAAAAGUACAGACAAAGACAUUUGUCGAGCCAACAUUAAGAACAAUGAAAAAUUUUGCACAAUCAUCAUUAUCGACAAGUUCAGGAAAAAUUACAGCACGUGAUGUGAAAAAAGGUCGUAAAAUUGAUGAUGUUCUCGAAAUGGACGACUCACAUCUUAAAUCAUUGGCCAAUGUACAGCCACUGGCCACAAUGACAACCGGUAUAACAUUGAAACCAUUUUCAUUGAAUUCAUCUACACCAAUGAAUCAUAGUGAUAAAUCUAAUACAUUUGAUAUUCGAUCCACAUGUGAUAAAACCAACGUACCGAAUUGUAGUACAAUCAAUAAUGAAUUUUCAUUCAAAUUUUCAUCACCUAAAUUAGUGGCCUCGCUAUCACCAAUGGCUGUUCGGCCAACAUUCCAGGAAAUUGAUUUCAGUUCACCGAUACAAAUAAGUGAAUCUAAACCAAUCGUCCAAUCCGUUUCAUCAACGCCCACAACAACAAAAUCAUUGUUUGAUCAAUUUAAACAUCGUAUACAAUCUACCGAUUCAUGGACAUGUCAAAUUUGUUGUACCCAAAAUGAUGAUAUCAAUGCAGAUAAAUGUAUUGCCUGUGAAGAGCAUAAUCCUCAUAAAAAAUCGUCAAAAAAUAACGAUUCCACAUCAUCAACCGUGGCACAAAAACCUGAAACUAUUAAAUUUGGUGAUUGCAAUAAAUUAGCACAAAAUCCUUCAUUUUCAUCAUCUUUGCCUUCAUUGAAUCAUUUGUUCAAAAAAGAUACUAGUAAAAAUUGGACAUGUCCAACAUGUUCGGUAUCGAAUAAUAUUGAAGAGAAUCGUUGCAUUUCAUGUGAGGAACCUAAUCCUCAUAGUAAUGCAAAAACAUCCACAUCGAAUAAUCAAAUGAACAAUUUGACAAAAUUUUCUUUUGGUUCAAUUUCGACCGGUAUCAAUUCGGAUACUUCAUCCUCCACUGAUAAUUCAUCAACAAUAACUAAACAACCAUCGUUGUUUGAUGUAAUUCAGAAGAAAAAAACUCAAGAUAAACAACAAUGGACCUGUCCUACUUGCAUGGUACCAAAUGAAUCAAAUGUUGAUCGAUGUGUAUCAUGUGAAGAACCUAAUCCCAAUCAGCCAGUUGCAAAUCAAACCAAGUCAUCGACCACCACGUCAUUUGGAUUUAAAUUUGGAGUUUCAAACACAGAUAGUAAUAAUAGUUGCCCGAAAGAUCAUUCAACAACAAUUGCAGAAGAAUGGCAAUGUUUUUAUUGUAAAGCUCUGAAUAAAAGCGACGAUAUCAGUAAGAAUGUUUGCAAUGAAUGUGGGAAAAUUAAAGUUAUGGCAGCUACAAAAGAUCAAGUGCAAAAAUUCUAUCAAACACAAACAUUUAAAUUUGGUCUGUCCACUGGUGUUACCAACAAAGAUGUUAAAACUGUUGAAACUAAAUCUGAAAAACAAGAUAAAACAUCAAAUGACAUAACAACAUCAUCAUCUACAAGUGGGGGAUUCAAAUUUGGUGCACCUUCAUCAUGUAAUGUUAGUAAUUCACCAACGAUGACAUCUCCAUUUGCAUCUUCGAAAACAGCCGUCCCAUUUUUAUCGUUUGGUUCAUCACCAUCAUUAUCCUCAUCAUUAGUCAAGCCUAUCGAAUCGAAGACGGAAAAAUCAUCAAGCUUGUUCAGUUUUGGAACAACAACAAAUUCGGCCAUCGAUGCACCAUCAUUGGAAAAAACAACUAAACCAAAUACUGGUACUACACCAACAGCGUCUGUAUCAUCGUCUUCAUCAAAUUUGUUCGUAUUUGGUGACAAUUCAUCCAAAUCUGGUACUACGGCCAAUAAUAAUGAAAAGGAAUCACUAAAUGAAGACAAUAACAACAAGACCAUCACUCCUUUUGGUUUUAAUGCGAUCAGUUCGACAUCGUCGACAAAUAUUAAACCUCCAAUGGCCACUGGUUUAUUUAGCUUUGGCGGCGCUAAACCAUUGGAUUCAUCAAAGCCUAGUCUAUCAUCAAGUUUUUCAAAAGACACUUCUACGAGCUCUUCAUUCACAUUCGGUGGAGCUGUGACAUCGACAACGAAUAUAUCAACUUCUACUACGACAACAAAAUCCACUAGUGGAACUCUAUUUGGUAAAGAGCUAAAUUUUGGGUCGCCAAUUACUGUGCCAAAGAUUGAUUCUGGACCACCAAUUCCUAAAAUAACGAUUAGUUUUGCUCAGCCAGGUACAGCAACGUCAUCUACUACAACUGCAGGAAGUGUUGGUCAGUCAUCAACUUCGAAUACUUUGUUCACUUUUGGAAGUUCACCAAACAUUACGCUCUCUGCGAAUCCUACACCUACUGCACCAGUUUUCGGUUCUAAUUCGUUACCAUCGAGUUUUAAUUUCAUGGGAACAAAUACCACUAAUAAUAACAAUGGGCCUAUGGGCACCAGUUCCCUAUUCACGUUUGGCGCCAAGCCAAACAAUGAACCACAACCAUCGAUAGAUAAGCCUGCAUCAGUUGGUUUCAAUUUCGGGGCACCUAGCAAUCCAUUAAGUUUCGGUGGUGCCGGUGUUUCCUCUAACAAUAACCCUGUGAUGCCUUCGUUUAAUACGACUACAUCAUCGGGAUUGUUUAAAUUUGGAUCACAGGAACCGGCAUCAAAUCUAAGUUUUCAAUCGUUUCCGAAUUCUGCAGUUGAAGGUAACAAUAAUUUAUCAUUUCCUACGUCAUUACUUGAUCCUCAACAACAACAGCCGGACAUGCAACAGCAACCGACUGGCAUAUUUCAGUUUCAAUCUUCGAACGCAGCAAACAUGCAACAACGACCAAAUCCAGCAUCAAGAGCAAUCAAAAAAGCUAAAAGACGUCUCAAAUAAAAGCAUUUGGCUAAAAUUAAAUUGUCGUUUAUUUUUUUAUUUAAA